AUGGAGGAGGUGUUGCUGCAAUUUCAGUCCGUGCGGCCGCUACCCCGCGCUGCAGACAGAGGAGGGCUGCGUCUUCGAGUCCGUCGCCAUCCUGCGGCACAUCGCGCGUCUCGAUCCGGGCGGCGGCUUCCUGCACGGCCGAGCAUCGCCGGAGAGCGGACGGGUGGAGUUGCAGGCAACUCCUCUGGUGAGGCCGGCCGACCGGUUGUAGUGCGGUGGUGGUGCAGUGCCCGGUGCCGGGGGAUGCGAGGUGCCUGCGCUGCCGUUGGUAUGCCAGGGUUGGGGCGGGCAUUGUUCCACCAGAGCGGGAACACGCGGCUUCGGCGGUGCGUUGGGGUGGGGCGUGACCUCGGGCCGUUCCGCUGCACGCGCAGACCCGACACUGUCCCUCUGUCUCGCAGGGUGCAGUGGAGUGGUUGGAGCGUGUUCCGGCUGAAAGGACUGCUGCUGGCACCGGGGCGCGGUGGACUUGUGCUCCCUGCACGAGGCGCGUUUCUUGUCUGGGGAAUGGGGUGGCUUCCCUUUUCCUUCGGCGGCUGGCGGGCGGGCUUCGCUCCGCCACCACAACGAGGCUGUGGUCUUUGA